AAUCACAUGUUGAUCGUGGCGCGAAAAUUGUGUGCGAUGCACGUUCGUGUGUUUUGUGCAUAAAGAUCGGGCAUUUAAACUGCAUGUACACUGCACUGGCGCAGAUAUUCUUUGUUUACAUGCAUGAAAAGUGUGGACUUCUUCUAGUUUCUGUCACAUUUCCUUCAGUUAAAAAGAAACUUCCGAGCUAAAUCAUGGAUACCGACAUUGAUCAACAGUUGAGAGAUUACCAGCGUGAAUAUCUAGAAUUUCUGGACGAUGAUGCUGAUCAAGGAAUCUAUCAUGAGAAGGUUCAGAGCAUGAUUUCAAAGAACCAGUGUCGUCUCGUUGUCAACAUCAAUGACCUCCGACGAAAGUACCCCAAGAGAGCUUCUAGACUAUUGAAUGAAGCCCACGAAGAGGUGGCCUGUCUCCAGCGAGCGCUGAAGGAGUUUGUCACGUCGGCUGAUACUGCAUACGGCAAGCAGCAUGAUGACUUCUUUGUUGGAUUCGAGGGAAGCUUUGGGGCCAAGCACGUCACUCCGCGUUCUCUAGCAGCCAGUUACCUUGGAAACCUGGUUUGUGUAGAGGGUAUCGUUACAAAAUGCUCACUUGUUAGACCCAAGGUGGUGCGCAGCGUCCAUUACUGUCCAGCUACUCGUAAGACGAUGGAACGUAAAUACACCGAUCUCACCUCUCUUGAUGCUUUCCCUUCUAGCUCUGUCUAUCCAACAAAGGAUGACCAAGGUAAUCCCCUUGAGACAGAGUUUGGACUGUCCAUGUAUAAAGACCAUCAGACUAUUACAAUUCAAGAGAUGCCUGAGAAAGCUCCUGCUGGCCAGCUUCCGAGGUCUGUCGACAUCAUCGUCGACAAUGAUCUGGUAGACGUCUGCAAGCCCGGAGACCGAGUCCAAGUCAUUGGUACAUUCCGGUGCCUCCCAAACAAGCAAGGUAGUUACACUAACGGCACAUUCAGAACCAUCAUCAUAGCCAACCACGUACAGCUUCUAAGCAAGGAGACGGUUCCAAACUUCACCGCAGAAGACAUCGCAAAAAUCCGCAAAUUCUCCCAGGAUAAAAAGGAAGAUGUCUUUGAGCUGUUGGCCAAGAGUCUAGCGCCCUCUAUCCACGGUCAUGAGUACAUUAAGAAGGCGGUGCUGUGUAUGCUGCUAGGAGGAAUGGAGAAAGUACUGGAGAAUGGUACCAGACUUCGUGGUGACAUCAAUGUAUUAUUAAUUGGAGACCCAUCAACAGCCAAGUCACAGAUGUUGAGGUAUGUUCUGCACACCGCACCGAGAGCCAUUCCAACAACUGGAAGAGGUUCAUCCGGUGUUGGUCUCACAGCUGCUGUUACAACAGACCAAGAAACGGGCGAGCGUCGUCUCGAGGCUGGCGCUAUGGUACUUGCUGAUCGUGGAGUCGUCUGCAUCGAUGAGUUCGACAAGAUGAGCGAUCAAGAUCGUACGGCUAUACAUGAGGUAAUGGAACAGGGGCGUGUCACCAUCGCUAAGGCGGGUAUCCAUGCCAAGCUCAACGCUAGGUGUAGUGUAUUAGCAGCUGCAAACCCUGUUUAUGGACGGUAUGACCAGUAUAAGACUCCCAUGGAGAACAUUGGCCUACAAGACUCUCUUCUCUCUCGUUUCGAUGUCAUCUUUAUCGUUCUUGACCAGAUGGAUCCUGAACAUGAUCGUAAGAUCUCAGAUCACGUCCUUAGGAUGCAUCGAUACAGACAAUCAGGAGAGCAGGAUGGAGAUGCGAUGCCACUGGGUAGUUCAGUUGACUUCUUGGCUACCAAUGACCCAGAUGCUAUCGAAGAAGAGAAGCAAGCAACGAAAGUCUUUGACAAGCAUGAUAAACUACUCCAUGGUGCAAAAAAGAAGCACAAGUAUGUAAGCAUGGAAUUCAUGAGGAAGUACAUCCACAUCGCUAAAGGAAUGCAGCCUCAGUUGACAAGAGAAGCAGCUGACUGCAUCGCCGAUGAAUACUCUAAACUUCGCAGCCAAGAUGCCACAGCUAACAACAUUGCUAAGACUGCUCCUGUAACGGCCCGUUCACUCGAGACCUUGAUCCGCCUCUCCACGGCCCACGCCAAAGCUCGCAUGAGCAAGACGGUUGAUCUUCAGGAUGCCGAAGCAGCCAUUCAACUUGUUCAGUUUGCCAUCUUCAAGAAGGUUCUAGAGAAGAAGAGGAAGAGGCCACAAGAGGCCGACAGUGGAUCCGAGGAUGAUGAAGCGGCCAAGAAGGAAAAGAAACAAAGGCGCAAAAAGAAGGGAGCCCAGAGGAAAGAGAGGCCUGCCGGAGCAGAGGGAGAGGAAGAUCCUUAUGACUUUGAUAGCUACGAGGAAUCGGGUGAUGAUGAAGUGAUGCCAACGCCCCGUAAGCGUCCUUCGUUAAGCCAGGACUCAUCCCAGACUCAACCAAUGGACACCGAUGAUUCACAGGACACGCAGACAACUAUCGAUCCUCAAAGGUUGAAGUUAUUCAAAUCCACCGUGCACAAGACCUUUGAGGCAACGCAUGCCCAGUCGAUCCCAAUGACCCAAAUCUCUGAAGCCCUUACUACCGAACAUAAAGAAGCACCGUUUAGCAAAGCCGAGGUAGACAGCGCCCUCUCUAAGAUGCAAGACGACAAUCAGAUCAUGGUUUCUGAAGGCAUUGUCUUCUUGAUUUAAUCUGUCACAUUUUCUUGGUGAUGUUUUUCAUCUUCCCUUAUUCAGAAGUUUGAAGGAGUUGGGAUAAAAAUAGGGACGAGUUUGCUGAUUCUGCUUAUUUUAGAUCUGUGCUAUAUCUGUUCCUAAAGUAACAGAGAUAGCUUUAGCCUACUAUAGAUAGGUGUGGAGUAGCAGCUGUGAUGAAGUGUAAUUGAAAAUGUAUGUGUGCUUGAAUGCCCUUUCGGCCAUGUUUGUAUUCAGGUUCUUGAAACAACUGCUCUACACUUAUCUCCCGGGCCCCGUCUUAUAAAGAGUUGCAAUUGAUCCGAUCAAUCACAACUAUGGACGGCAAGAAACCUCACCAUCUAGUAUGCAUGUUUGUUCAAAAUAUUUUCAAACUAUGGUGCAUAUUCAUGCAUUCAUUGUUUUCUUAAAAAUUUCACUGUGCUUCUCUUUGUUUACAAAGGAUAUUGUGCAAAUUUCCUGUAGAAAAAAUUAUGACACUGAUGGAUUUCCAUAGAGUUAUGACUGAUUGGAUCAAUCGUAACUCUUCGUAAGACAGGGCCCAGAUGUUAGCUGAAGAUUCACCUAAAAGACAAGACCAACCCAACAAACAGUUGGUUUGAAUCAAAAGAGAAAAAAAAGUAUAAUGCUGAAAAAAAUUUGCUUGAUUUACAAAAAACAGUUAUAUGCCACAUCCUGGUCAUUAUAAAAAUUAGAAAUAUUCAAUGGAAACAAAUUUAUUUUUGGCUUCUCGUAAUUUUAUCACUAGAGUCAAACCAUGGCCUCAGUUAAACUUGACUUCAGAAUACGGGCCAGUGUAGAAGAAGUGAAAAUAAAUCAUUGUUGCAGUGCCCGGAUAGUUUUGAAAGAGUUGGUCAUUAACCCUAGUUUUACAGCUGUCAAAAAUGUAACAAUUUUUUCCAAGAUGUAAACUGAUAUUAUAUUACUAAUGUUAUUAAAUUGUAGAAAAUAUGGUUGAGAAUUCUUAAAGAAUACUCCAAUUAUGUGAAUUGCAUGUGGCAAAUUUGAUUGAAAAUGGCCAAUCGUUCACUUUGAUUAGUGAAUAUGGAUAACGGACCAUUUCGUGAUUCAUAAUGCAUUGUUAUAUCAUAUUGUAUAUAAAAUUUGUACAUUUCAUAUCGAUGUUAUAGUCUUGUAUAAAAAGUAACCACCAUUGGCUGUAAAUAGCUUUAUUGUGAUGUAAUAUUUCUAUAUUCUGUGAAAAUUUUGGGGUAAUUUUCUAUAAUCCAAAGAGCGAAUACAUACAUUCAGGAGUAAGGGGGAAUUUGAGUGAAAAAUGUAAUUAUCUUCUCACCGCAAAGAUAUUCCUGUUUUAAUGUUCCUUUUCUCCUAUAUCUUACUAAAAACAAAGCAGGACUUGGCAUUUUUCACCUUGAUUUCUUAGACGGUAAUAUUUUGAUGAUAAAUAUUAACUUCAUAUUUACCCGGGGUAGCUGCUUCAGUUCUGAAAACAUACUCCCUAUAAUGUUAUUGCUACCCCGAGAUUUAUCUGGGCUGCCUAGGUGCUCAAGUAUUAUAUUAUAGCUAUGAAAUGAUAUAUUUUCUAUGUAAAGUCAAUUACUAUUAUAAUGAAACCUGACUACUCUCUAUUAGAGGUAUUGCACAUCCGAUGUGCACAUAAAAUAGAUCACAUUGCCCAAUCAGUGCCUUGUGGCAAAAAAAUGUACCUUAAUAUUUCAUUGUAUGAUAGUUAGAAUGUAUAUGGCCUUUUGAAGAAGAAAUAAAGAUAAUAAAAUUGUUUCAUUGUCA